CAACAAACACUAGAAAAGCUAAAGAAGCAACACAAGAAGAAAAAAAGAAGGGCAAGAGUUCUCAAAGCAAACGCAUACAUGGCAGUUAUGAAGCAGAGUCUCUCUACUGCUCUUCUCUCAUCACCAUUGUUGAUCGUAUGUCUUAUUGCAUUGCUCGCUGACCCGGUUUCAGUCGGAGCUCGAAGGUUAUUGGAGGAUCCUAAACUGGAGACACCAAAAUUGCCUGAGCUACCCAAAUUUGAAGUUCCCAAGUUUCCUGAGCUACCUAAACCAGAGAUGCCUAAGUUACCAGAAUUUCCAAAGCCUGAGCGACCAAAGAUUCCGGAGAUUCCAAAGCCUGAGUUGCCCAAGUUUCCAGAGAUUCCAAAGCAUGAACUGCCCAAGUUUCCAGAGAUUCAUAUACCAGAGUUACCAAAGUUUCCAGAGACUUCUAAGCCUGAAGUGCCUAAGUUGAUGGAGACUGAAAAGCCUGAAGCUCCCAAGGUGCCUGAGUUGCCAAAGAUGCCGGAAGUUCCGAAGCUUGAGGCUCCUAAGUUGCCGGAGAUUUCAAAGCCUGAGUUACCAAAGAUACCAGAGAUUCCAAAGCCUGAGUUACCUAAGAUGCCAGAGAUCCAAAAGCCUGAGGCUCCUAAGGUGCCAGAGAUUCAGAAGCCAGAGUUGCCAAAGCUCCCAGAGAUUCCAAAGCCUGAACUACCAAAGGUUCCAGAGAUCCCAAAGCCUGAGCUACCAAAGAUUCCAGAGAUUCCAAAGCCUGAGCUACCAAAGGUUCCAGAGAUCCCAAAACCUGAACUACCAAAGAUUCCAGAGAUCCCAAAGCCUGAACUACCAAAGUUUCCAGAGAUCCCAAAGCCUGAGCUACCAAAGGUUCUAGAGAAUCCGAAGCCUGAACUACCGAAGAUGCCUGAACUUCCCAAGAUGCCGGAAUUUCCAAAAGUUCCCGGAACUUCUUAAAAUCUUAUUGUUCCAGAAGAAGGCCAUGUCCAGCUACUACUACGUAGCCCCAUCCCACGAUCUUUAAAGUACCAUUUCACUCCUUCUAUAUUUGUCUGUUUGCAGAGAUGCAUACUUCUGUCGGUCAAUUCGUUAAUGGUUUGGUCUCAUAGUCAUAGUUGUUUUUGCUUUUUCGGGUGAAGGUUUAUACUAACACACUUAUACUCUUAUUAUGUUGUUAUAUUUGUAUUGUAUGUUUCCAUACAUAUUUUGUUGUAUUUGAUAUACUUUUUUAAUGGAAUAUCCUAAUUUUAAAGA